CAUAUUAUCGAUAUAAUUUAUUUGUGACGUCGUAUAGCACAAACACGAGCAACAUUCGCACAAUGUGUACGCGAGCUAGUUAAAGUCGAUUGCAAUAAUAAUGAAGACGGUUGUUCCAGAUCAUGGGAUGUGCCGAAUGAAAAGAGGCCGACGCCGAGGUCUCUCUGGCAAGUGCCUCAUCCGAGGCAGCUUGAAAGUUAGAGGAAACACGUGGACAAGUGGCACGAGUGGCCUUAGCUGGCCUAUAAACGCGCGAAGAAAACAUACACAAAACCUGCUAUCAAUUCCAAUUGACACCGAAUCGGAAACGAACGCCAAGCCAAGACCUGAAUUGCCUGCCGGCUUUUCAUACAUUAAACGAAUAUACAAUGGUUUCUGGUUACAGAAUCAGCGGCAGGACAUUCGCAGAGAUUCACAGAGCAGCUUCGUGGCAUCUCAAUUUCCAUUGAUGCUUUCGGGAUUGGCCAUUGACGCUGCGCAUCUCAUCCGUCACCGACGGGUACCGUCGCGAUUAGGCCCUUUUGUGACGUCUGUUCGAUGGAAUUGGAUAAUGGACGAUCACCGAUUACGCGGCUAAGUGGAUCUAAGCGCUUUGAAU